CCUUAAUUCUCUUUCUCUACUUCUCCCAACUACGGCAUAGUACACGCUUACUAUGCUGAAGUAGGCGGAAGAAUGUGUAUAAGUGUAAGUACAUCGACUUACCAAGUGCCAGGUGGGAUGUUGAGCCUCGAACUGAUUAUGUGAUAAUAAUCAUCUCUGUCGUGAAACGUUGACAGAUAAUUAUUCCGACAUUAGAGUUUUGUAUGACGCUAUUCAGCUUCCGAGCCCGAGCCUCCGCGGAAGCGAUGAUGUAUAAUCGGAUUAGCAUUGCGAAAAGCAAACGGGAUUUCAAUAUAUAAUGGCUCCCUCACCCGAGAAUAGUUCAGAAAUAUCUUCACAUCAAUAUCAAUCAUCCAUAUUAUCUCAUAUCAUAUCAUAUCAUCUCAUCUCAUCAAACAAGAAAUAUUUACCUUAGUACUUGAUAUCGCCAUUCAAUAUGUCUGCCAUCACGAAGGUCGCCAUAGCAGGAGCUAAAGGAAACCUUGGAGAUGCUGUAUUGGAGCAGCUCUUGAAGGCUGGUUUCCAGGUGACAGCUCUAACUCGCCAGGGCAGCAGCCACACCUUCCCAUCAACUGUCACCGUUAAGCCUGUGGAUUACACUUCCCAGGAUUCCUUGGUGAAUUCUCUCCAAGGGCAAGAUGCCGUCGUCGCGACUCUGGCAUCCGAAGCUCUUGAUGUGCAGAUUCCCUUGAUCGAUGCUUCAGUCAAGGCGGGAGUCAAGCGCUUCAUCACAUCCGACUUCGGCAGCGAUACCUUCAACCCCAAGACCUCCGCGCUCCCUGGCUUCGCGUCUAAGAUCACCGUCCACAACGCCGCCAAGAAAGCAGCCGCCGAGAGUGGUCUAACCUGGACAGCUAUCAUUAACGGACCUUUCUUGAACUGGGGUGUUACAGUUGAAUUCUUAGCCAAGAGCAAGAGCAAGGAGAUCGACUAUCCCGACGGAGGUGACCAGAAGUACUCAGUGUCUAACCUAGAAACUGUGGGUAAGGCCGUGGUAGGCGUGCUAAAGAAUCUCGAGGCGACUAAGAACCGUCCCGUCUACAUCCAAGACGCCACAAUCAGUCAGAAGCAACUAGCGGGAUACUUGAAGAAGGCUGUUGGCGCGGAUGGGUGGAAAGAAAACGUCAUAUCGAUUGCCGAGGGGCUUCAGCAGGGAGAGGAGGAGCUCAAGAAGCCACAACCGAACGGUUUCUUUGUCUUCAUCACGAGCCUCAGGGCCGCAGUCUGGGGUGAAGGGUAUGGAGGUCGUUUCACGAAGCUUGACAAUGAUCUUUUCGGCAUCAAGCAGUUGACUGAUGCGGAAGUCGAGGAGGUCGUGAUCAAGAGUGUACCUAAAUAGGUUCCGGUGUAGUCGUCUCGGAAUAGUAGGUAGCAUAUGACUACCUACAGAAUAAGCUAAGUUCAACCCAAUUGAAAUACUAUGAAAUUGGAUUCACAAG